UAUAACCUGCUCUCCACGGCGGCUAAAGAUACUACUGAAACUGACACACAAGACGUCGCCCGGUUUCUUACAGUUUUCAGACUAUCCUGAAGGGAUUUACUGUGAUUUGUUUCGGAAAAAGACAGAAAGCAUUUGAGUUUUUAUCGCUAGAUUAAGUUUUUGUGUGUUUGGUGUAAGAGGAUUUAAGCUUCACAAUGACGACCGACGACGAAGGCGCAUGCAACAUAUGUUGCUCCAAAGCCACGCAGAAAUGCGCGGGGUGCCAGACGGUCUACUACUGCUCUAAAGAGCACCAGAAGAAAGACUGGAAGAUGCACAAAUUCCUGUGUACUCCCGCCAGGGUCAAGGAGGACCCGGAUGUCGGGAGGUACUUCGAGGCCACGAGGGAUAUUAGAGCGGGGGAUGUUGUAUUGAAGGAGAGUGCGCUUAUCACUGGGCCUUCACAGGUGACCCCGCCAGUCUGCCUCGGCUGCUACCAGCUCCUGGAGGAGGGCAAGGCGGUGCCGUGCGAGCUCUGCGGGUGGCCCUUCUGCUCUGAGGCAUGCUCCAAGAAGGAGGAACAUAAACCGGAGUGUUAUUAUACGCAACAGAGGGGAGAAAAGGUGAAAAUAUCAACAUUCGGCACACCGCACCCGAACUACCAAUGCCUGACGGUGCUCCGCUGCCUCUACCAGCGAGACCACAACCCCAAGCUGUGGGCGAAGCUGCAGGCGCUCCAGUCUCACUGCGAGGAGAGAAAACGCACAGAGAAGUGGAACCAUGAUAAGAAGAUGGUGGUGGAUUUCAUAUGGAAGUUCUUUAAACUGGAGGGGAAGUUCAGUGAAGAGGAGAUCAUGAAAUGCUGCGGUAUUCUUCAGAUCAACGCGCACGAGGUGCCGCUGACGGAGCCGGAGCACGUGGCGCUGUACGACCGCAUCUCCAUGGUGGAGCACAACUGCCGCGCCAACUGCAACAAGAGCUUCACGUCAGACGGGGAACUGCUUCUAGUGGCCGGAGUACCCAUAAAGGCGGGGUCACACCUGUCAGUGUGCUACACCGACCCCAUGUGGGGCACGGAGGGGCGGCGGCACCACCUCGCCGACACAUGGUUCUUCGAGUGCCGCUGCGAGAGGUGCUCCGAUGUGACGGAGUUUGGGACUAACUAUAGCGCUGUUAAGUGUAAGAAGAAAGACUGCAAAGGCUACCUCCUCCCCCCCACCUUCAUCGUGCCCAUCCUGCACAAGACCCUCUCUCCUGAUCCAGCCAGCCGCAGCCUGGACGACAAGCUGUGGCGGUGCGCGCGCUGCCGGGACCAGGUGUCGGACGCCGUCAUACAGCAGCUGCUCCAGGAUAUUGGGAGAGAGCUGAGUGUGAUGCCGAAGGGGGAUGCUGAUGCUUGUGAGAAGUUCAUAAGCCACUGCAGCUCCUACCUCUACCCGUCCCACUACUACAUCACGGACGUGGGUCUCGCCCUCGCUCAGAUGAUCGGGCAGGACUCGGAGCUGGGGCUGGCGGGGGUGAUGCCGGACCGGCUGGCGCUCAAGACGCAGCUGUGCAGGAAGAUCGCUGAUCUUAUGGAGACGCUGGCUCCGGCGGAGACGCGGUCGCGAGGCAGCGUGCUGUUCGAGCUGCACGCCGCGGUGGCCGAGACGGGGCGGCGCGAGGCCAUGACCGGCGGACCGGCAGUGUUGCUGGGAUACGUCACUGAGUCCCGCAAGAUCCUGCAGCAAGCGGCGUGCCUGCUGCGCCACGAGCCGCUCGAGCUGCCCGAGGGCCGCGUGCUGCGACAGGCCAAGGAGAAUCUGGUGCAGAUGGACCAGCUCAUACAGAACCUGUCUAAUGCACUGCCCUCGCCCAUGUGAGGAGAAUAAAUGUUGUAUAGAAAUGAGCCAUGUGUUUUAGUUGCUGUGUCAAGCGUACUCCCGUGUUUUUUUAGAAGUUUAAGGAGCUAAGAACAAGGAGAACCUGCUGCAGAUGGACCAGCUCAUACAGAACCUGUCUAAUGCCCUGCCCUCGCCUAUGUGAGGAGAAUAAAUGAUGUAUAGAAAUG